UUAUUGGCGAUUUCGAUUGGGGUGGAUUCUGGGGGAAAGAUGGUGUGUCCUGGGGUUGGAUCGAAGAGUACUUGUCUUUCUCUAGUGGCUGCUCGAAUGAGGGCGGCUGAGAUGGGUGCCGUUUGGGGUGGAGUUUGUUUUACUACCGAGCUGUAUGAUCUGGGCUGUCCUUCUGUUUGGAUGGGUUCGGGUGAAGUCGGGAUCGGGAUCUUUGUGGCGAAGGAGUUAAGGUGCGUUUGAACUGAGUCUAGGGAGGGGGCUAAUAGGUUGACGAUGUUUUUGAUUUCUUCGACACUGCUGAGGACUCCGUCUGCUGCGUCUUCUGCUCUUGCUAUGGUUGCUAUUAAGUUUGCAUUUUCUAGUUCCGUGUUGAUAUCUUUUUUGGAUGAGUUUUCUAGUCUAUUGAUGGAUUCUGAGAUGAUGUCUGUUACUGCGGUCGCUAUUUUGUUAAUCUUCUUUUCGUGGUCUGUUUUGAGCAGUAGUAUGGCUACCGCGCGUAUAAUAUCUAUGCACAUUGUUGAAAGGGAAGGGGUCUGGAUAGUGAAAUCUAGUAACGCCGUGAUUAGUGAGUCGAUUGUAAUUUCUGUUGCGGGAGUGAUGAGGAAACACUUCUCUAGUUCUGAUCUUGCUGUGUGUUCGUUCGUCUGGAAUAGAUCUCCCGGACGGUCUAAAAUUUGCGUUGUUGCCGCGUUUAGGCCGGGAAUUCUUUGUUCCGUUGGUAUCCUCUUCAAGAGUUUUACUAGUAAUCUAUGUAAGGAGAAAACUGAUUGGUAUGCUUGAGGUGUUGCCGCCGUUGAGCACGGUGGGUUGGGUUUUUGCUUCCGGGGUCCUAAUUGGGGUGCCACCUGGUAUGGGU